AAACGAUAUUAGAUGCUACAAAGUUGAUGACUUUAUAAAAUCCACCAUUUUGUAAUUUUGUGAAUGUGAUAUAGAAACGUUGAUGAUCGGGGCCGCGCGCGGUGAAAGGCAAAAAAUAACUGUGAAAAUUCACAAUAGCAUGAAAAGAAGUAGUGAUCGUGAUACGCCACCACGUAGCAAAAGAUCUCGUUCAAGUAUGGGACGUUACGACGAUAGUUCUGAUGAAAGAAUUACUCCAGAAAGAAUUAGGCGUCGGGCAAGCCGCGCCCGUUCACCAAGUCCAAGACCGCGGUAUAUAUCGCCACAUCGGGAUGAAUAUAUUCGACCACGUGAAGUUGCUGAAAGGCCCUAUUCAUAUAAAGUUUUGUGCGUGAGUGCUUUACAUCCGAAAGCAAGUGAUGAAUUAAUUAAAGAUACAUUAUAUCGAGAAUAUAAAAAAUUUGGUGAUUUAAGUAUACGUAUUUCUCAUGAUUUAGAUGAACGAGUGGCUUAUGUGUGUUUUAGAAGUGCUGAAGAUGCUCGUGAAGCUAAACAUAGUAAGCCAAGAAUUAUUUUAUUUGAUAAAGUUGCAUUGGUUGAACCUGUUUAUGAACGAGCUCCUACCGAAGUGUACAGAGCUCGUCCACGAUCAAUCAGUCCUGAAUAUGAACGGCAUUAUUAUGCUAGAUCACCUGGACCAGAACGACUUCGUCCAGUUGAACGGUAUGAAAGAGGAUAUGGCCCUCCACCUGGUGUACCCCCACACCGUGAAUUUAGACGCGAAGGUAUACCACCACCACAUCAUGAGUAUAUACCACGACCUCCAAUACAUCAUGGACCUCCACAUUUGGCACCUGGACCACCACAUCAUUAUGGACCACCACGUCAUAUAGUUCAUAGUGGCUUUAAACCACAUCCUCCAUUUGAAAAAGUUGAAAAUAAGAAGGAUAAAUUUCCAAAUUACCUACAUCACGUACAACCUGAAGAUGAUCCUUUGGCUACUCGAACAUUAUUCGCGGGUAAUCUUGAAAUAAAUAUCACGGAAGAAGAAUUGAGACGAAUAUUUGGACGGUAUGGUUUGGUUGAAGAUAUUGACAUUAAAAGACCACCUCCAGGAACAGGUAAUGCAUUUGCGUUUGUACGUUUUCAAACAUUAGAUAUGGCUCACCAUGCCAAAGUUGAAUUAUCAGGGCAAUAUAUUGGUAAAUUUCAAUGUAAAAUUGGUUAUGGAAAAGCUACACCAACAACACGUAUUUGGGUGGGAGGUCUAGGACAUUGGACAUCAAUACCACAAUUAGAAAGAGAAUUUGAUCGUUUUGGGGCGAUUAAAAAAAUUGAUUAUGCCAAAGGUGAUAACCAGGCAUAUAUUUUAUACGAUUCGAUUGAUGCGGCUCAAGCUGCUGUCAAAGAAAUGCGUGGUUUCCCCCUAGGUGGUCCUGAAAGACGCCUGCGUGUAGAUUUUGCAGAUGUUACUCCACCCGGAGUUGCAUUCCCCCGCAAAGCUCCAUAUCCACCACAUGCCGAUGCAGAAGGAGCUGAGUUUAGACCGCGUGUUGUUGAAUACGAACCUUAUGAAGGAACUUACCCAGAAGGUGAAUAUACGUACGGACCACCACGUACCUAUAGAGGACGUGGAGGAGCUCCUUGGGUUGAAAGAGGUGGAGUUCGACGUGGUACAUAUCGUACAGGGUAUCCUGGUGAUUCGUAUGUUAGGGAAGAAGAAUGGACUGGUGGUAGACGUGUUCCUGUCGAUUUAGAGUAUGAACCAGGUAGUAGAAUACGACGAUCUGGCUCCAGAGAACCUGGAGUUGAUAGAUCAAGAUCCCGAUCUCCACGUAGAUCUUUAGAUAGUGAUUCAGACGGUGGUAGUAGACGUGCAGGUCUUUUAGCAUCGAGUAGAACAUUACCAGAAGUAGCACGAAAAUGUACCACAAUUUGGCAAGGUGCACUCGUAUUAAAAAAUUCAUUAUUCCCAGCGAAGUUCCAUUUAACUGACGGUGAUACAGAUAUUGUUGAAGGUUUAAUGAAAGAUGAAGAUGGUAAACACCAGUUGCGCAUAACACAACGAUUGCGUUUAGAUCAACCUAAAUUAGAGGAUGUACAAAAACGCAUUGCCACAUCCAGUUCACAUGCCAUAUUUUUGGGUUUGGCUGGUUCAACAGCAUCUGUAUCAAACGAUGAUUCAAGUGUACAAACACGACCGUUACGUAAUCUUGUAUCAUAUUUAAAAACAAAAGAAGCAGCUGGCGUUAUAUCAUUAUUGAAUAAGGAAACAGAAGCCACGGGUGUAUUGUAUUCAUUUCCCCCAUGUGCAUUCUCAACAGAGCUACUAAAACGAACAUGUCCAAAUUUAUCCGAUGAAGGUUUACGAGAAGAUCAUUUAGUGAUAGUGGUUGUGCGCGGGGGUACCGCAUAAAAAUGUUGCAGUGAUUAUCAGUGGUGAAUUUAAGUAAUUAUACAUAUUAUUAAUAUGAAUUUAACUAUUUUAUGUCAUAAUCUAGGUCAUAAUUUGAAUAACCUUAGUGAUAUAGUCUUUAGAUGUACACGAGGCUUUCUCUUAUAUUUAGCAUGUUUUUUUACUUACAGGUUGGUUCCAAUAUUUCCCCAAAAAUUUUAUAAUCAUUAUAUAGUUCAGCCAUUUCAACUUUGAAAUGAAUUUAAAUUUUUUCAAAGCAAUUGAAAUUUGAGGGAAUUCUCGCAUGCUACGUUUAAUUAGUGCUUUGUACGCUGAUGCUGCGAUCAAGACAGGAGAGUGAAAAAUACAUUUCCAAAAGGUAUUUUUCGGCCAUUUUCUCGUAAAAAAAAAUUAUUGUGUUAAUAAUUCCUAUCUUCCAUACUUACAAUUAUUAAAUUAAUAAAAAAUAUUUAUUAUUUUCUACUUUUAAAGACAUUUUGUAGCUUUGGGAAUUACAACGACAAAUAAUCCUUUCAUGUUUGAAGCACUCGUAUAUUGCCACAAUUGACUGACGUGUUUAAGAAAAUUUUCUCACCGUUUUCAAUGAGCUUAAAAUGUUGGUAUCAAAGUUGAAAUGACUGGACUAUAAGCUUAUUUCAGAAUUUAUUCAAUCGCAAAGUGUAAAUAAUUCUAUUCAUCAUAAAAAGCAACUUUUUCACCGAAAUUCAUUGAAAACUAAUAGUUCUUUGUUUCAAAAUGGGUAAGGUUCUCUAAUUUUUUUAAAAUUAUUUUUUCUUUAAUGUUUACACUGUCGAAAAAAAUGGCCUAAUAAUUCUGUUGAGUAGUAAUAAUUCAAAGAUCAUUUGGCCGUGACCUAGUUGAAUAGUGUAAACAAUAUACUGGGAUUUAUUUCAAAGAAAUAUC